AUGUCCCAGAAGUCAACUAAACCCGUCCUCACAAUCCGUUCCUACAAGCACGGGACAAUGGAAUUUGCGACAGAAUCUUUGGUGACCUGGCAUGUGGAACCUACCCCUACGAUACCAUUCCACGUUCCAAAGCUGAUAGGUCAGCAACUCCUAGAUGUGAUUCUGCGACGUCACCUAGAGAAAUUUUCGUGCUCUGUCGAGAUGGGCACAGAACUGCAUUCGUUCGAGCAGUCUGGUGAAGGUGUCAUGACUGUUCUAGCAAAGAACGGCAUAUUGGAGACUUUCGAUACCAAGUGGAUGGUCGGCGCUGAUGGUGCUAAAGGCGUUGUGCGCAUACAGCUUGGGCUUACAUUCUUGGGCGAGACUAGAGAUGAUAUCCGAAUGGUCAUGGGAGAUAUUCAUUUACAUGGUGUUGGUCUUGACAGAGCGUAUUGGCACCGGUUUGGGACCAUUAAGCGAGGACCUCUCGUGUUCAACUCCCUCACAGACGAGAUUGGUGUACCUGCUGUGCUUUGGAUUUUCUUCGGCUAUUCAAUUCUUGGUACCGCUCGUGCUUCCCUUUUACCUGAGGUCGCUGGUCAGGACCCAGAUGUGAUCCUCGAAGAGGAGCUGACAGAGCAGCACGCACUCCUACUGGGGCAGUAUGGCGAAGAAUACAUGAGGAUAGCAUCUGAUGAUGAUAUCAUUGCACAAGAAUUGGAUAUUUUCGAUGUUGCAAUGUCAACGGAAGAUGCUUGUGAUAUCACUGCGGUGCCUGAGCAUGGCCAGAAUGAUCUAGCGGACUCUGGUCAACAUCCUUCUCAACGCACGUCUAGGCCAGCCCCGAGAAAUUUUGUCGAUAUUCUGCCUGCCGAUGAAGAUAUCAACCUUUCAGAUUCCCCUGGGGAUUAUCCGUCUCGUGUGACCGAAACUCACAAUUCGCCGCCCCGCAGAAUUCUACGAGUCUUAUUGAUGCUGCGUGAUUCUCUUCAAACAGCAUUCAACGUUAUCGGACUUUGUCGACAAUAUCCUGGGCGCCCCUCAUUCGAACCCGAUAAUUACGUCCCAUCUACCUUGCUAGCUGAUUCCUGUCCAAUGACUAUUGGCACAGAUAUUCAAGGGCCCGAUUCAUCUUCUAGAGUCUCUGUACCACCUCAUCCUUUUUCCAAUAUGACAGUCUAUCGUCUGAUGACAUGGAUGAAUUCCGGCAGUCAUCAAAAAUACGAGGCCGAAAUCACGUGUCUUGUUAAAGAUGUUAUUCAAGCGAGAGACUUCAACCCCAAGGACCUGGAUGGAUUUUCGGUAAAGAGAAGUCUGCAUGCAUUGGAUAAUAAUGGAAAAAAGGGGCCUGUUAUUUUUCCAGAUGACUGGUUAGAGAAGGACGUCGCGCUUGACAUACCUUCCAAAUCAAAAGACGACCAGGCCAGAUCAUUAAACAUUUCGGGAUUUCACUACUGGCCGCUUAUAUCAGUGAUCCGUUCCGUGUUCGCUGACAUUCAAGCCAGCAUGUUCCAUCUUUUCCCCUUCAAGCGUCUAUGGAAGGAUCCGCUGGACGGUCAUCAAGAACGUGUAUUUGAUGAGCUAUAUACCUCCGACUCCUGGUUAGAAGCUCAGGAAGACCUGUAUAAACAGCCGAAAGAACCUGGCUGCUCACUCGAACACGUUAUCGCUGGACUGAUGUUUUUUUCGGACGCAACUCAUUUAGCCACCUUCGGAACGGCCAAGGCUUGGCCUCUUUAUCUGUAUUUCGGAAAUUUAACUAAGUAUGCACACUCGGCACCCAAAUCUGGCGCAUGCCAUCUUGUGGGAUUUUUACCUUCUCUUCCGGAUAAUAUAAAGGAUGUCUUCAGCAGCUUGCCACAUAUAUCAAAAAGCAGCAUGGCAGCCCUUCAUGCGCAUUGUCGGCGAGAUCUAUUCCAUGCGUGUUGGAAACAUCUGUUAGAUGCGGAAUUCCUUCAUGCAUACCGUCAUGGAAUCGUGCUCCGGUGUCCAGAUGGAAUAUUUAGAAGGGUAUUUCCGCGCAUAUUUACUUACUCGGCUGAUUAUCCGGAAAAGGUUCUUAUAGCGACAAUCAAGGAUAUGGGUGCUUGCCCAUGUCCGUGCUGUCUCAUGCCGAAAGUCUCGUUCGAUUUCCUUGGUUUGUGGAAAGACAUGCAAGAUCACGUCACUACCCUCAGGACCUACUGUUUGGAAAGGAUAAUUCAGGCCCGCGGAUUCAUCUAUGGAGGAAAUACUGUGAAUGGGUCUAAGGUGCAGGCGACUGUUGGAGGAGGCUCGUGGGUGCCGACUGUAAACACAUUUGUAGAAAGGCUUGCACCACUCGGAUUCGACGCUUUCCGCAUGCUUGUGGUCGAUUUUAUGCAUGAAUGCGAGUUAGGUACAUGGAAGGCGCUGUUUACGCACCUCAUCCGUCUACUUUACGCGCUCCCCGGCGGUGAUCGCCUAGUUGCAAGUCUUGACUAUAGAUUUUGCCACAUCCCGUCGUAUGGUAAUGGUGUCAUCAGGAAAUUUUCGGAUAACACCUCGGAAAUGAAACGCCUCGCAGCACGGGACUUUGAGGACAUUCUGCAGUGUGCAAUGCCGGUCUUCGAGGGGCUUUUUCCAGCAGAGCACGAUGCUAUUGUACAAUUACUUUUAUACAGAUUUGCUCAAUGGCACGCUCUCGCCAAACUAAGGAUGCAUUCUGACGCGACUCUGUAA